GCGAAAGGAUUGGAAGAUGAAAUUUGCUGAGAGAUGUGAAUCAGAUCGUCCAUUUCUUUUUUAGGAGAGUCGAUCAGACCGUCCUAGAGAGUAGGUAGUGACGCAUAGCACAUAGAUAGCUACACCGGUCAUUCCUGGACGCACGGCCGGACGCACGCGCGCACGGCCGGCGGCUUACCGCGACAGCGAAAAACGGAACGGAGCCCCAUACAAAACCACCUGUUCCUCUUUCUCGUCUCCCCUUACUCGCCUACCCGGCAGUCGGCAAGCAGCAAGGAACCCAACCCCACAAGACACGGGCGCGCGGGCGCGUAAUCUUGUGGAGUCUGAUGGGCUGCUUUGGCUCGUCGCUGCGGGCGGGGACGCACCCGGGGAAGAAGCCGCCCGGGAGGGCGGCGGGGGCGCCGCCGCACCGCCCCUCCUUAUCGCUGAACCAGAAUCAGGCGCCGGCGCCGGCGGCCUCCUCGGCGCGUACGGGCGCCGGCGGGUGGGAGGCGCCGGCGUUCGCGGAGUUCUCGCUGGCGGAGCUGCGCGCGGCCACGGGCGGGUUCGCGGUGGCGAACAUCGUGUCCGAGAGCGGCGAGAAGGCACCGAAUUUCGUGUACAGGGGCCGCCUCGAGACCAGCCGCCGCGCGAUCGCCGUCAAGAAGUUCGCCAAGAUGGCGUGGCCCGAUCCCAAGCAGUUCGCGGAGGAGGCGAAGGGGGUCGGGAAGCUGCGGCACCGGCGUCUGGCGAACCUGAUCGGUUACUGCUGCGAUGGGGAUGAGCGGCUGCUCGUCGCCGAGUUCAUGCCCAACGACACGCUCGCCAAGCAUCUUUUCCACUGGGAGAACCAGACAAUUGAAUGGGCUAUGCGUCUACGAGUUGCAUACUACAUCGCUGAAGCAUUGGAGUAUUGCAGCACCGAAGGAAGGCAUUUAUAUCAUGACCUAAAUGCAUAUAGGGUUCUCUUUGAUGAGAAUGGUGAUCCUCGUCUUUCAUGCUUUGGUCUUAUGAAAAACAGUAGGGACGGGAAAAGUUAUAGCACAAACCUUGCAUAUACACCUCCAGAAUAUUUGAGAAAUGGAAGAGUAACAUCGGAAAGUGUCAUAUUCAGCUUUGGCACUAUUCUCCUGGACCUUCUAAGUGGAAAGCGUAUACCUCCUUCCCGUGCUCUUGAUAUGAUAAAAGGCAACAAUAUCCAAGUACUGAUGGAUUCACAUUUGGAGGGAAACUACUCAACAGAAGAAGCGACCACACUGGUAGAUCUUGCCUCUCAGUGUUUACAGUAUGAACCUAGGGAUCGCGCCAACACAAAAAAGCUGGUUUCCGUACUCGAGCCCUUGCAAAUAAAAUCAGAGGUACCAUCCUAUGAGAUGCUUGGCAUUCCAAAGCAUGAAGAAGAAGUGCCUCCACCUCCUCCACCUCCACCUCCUGCUCCACAACCACAACACCCUCUAUCUCCCAUGGGUGAAGCCUGUUCUAGGAUGGACUUGACGGCGAUCCAUCAGAUUUUAGUGAAUAUGCACUACAGAGAUGAUGAAGGGACUAACGAGCUAUCUUUUCAGGAAUGGACACAACAGAUGAGGGACAUGUUGGACGCUAGGAAACGUGGAGACUUCGGUUUUCGUGAUAAAGAUUUCAAGGCAGCCAUAGAAUGCUAUACACAGUUUGUUGAUGUGGGGACGAUGGUAUCACCAACAGUGUAUGCUAGACGGAGCUUGUGCCACCUCAUGUGUGACCAGCCUGAUGCUGCCCUCCGUGAUGCGAUGCAAGCGCAAUGCGUGUACCCUGAUUGGCCAACAGCAUUCUACAUGCAAGCUGUUGCGCUUUCAAAGCUAAAUAUGCAGAGUGAUGCUAUGGACAUGUUGAAUGAGGCUUCGCAGCUAGAAGAGAAGCGGCAGAAGAACACAAAAGUUCCUUGAAAGACCCAUCAGUUCAGUCCCUUUUGCGGCUCGAAAGGUUUAUGUUGAGGCGUGCUACUCAUUCCUUGCUAAAAAUUGUGGUUACUUCCUGGUCCUGGGGUUGGGAAUUUAAUGGGGGAAGAUUUGCUUUAGAGUCCUGUGAUUGUAACUAUCUGGUUUGGCAUUUCUGUGAUGCAUUUUUUUGGGCCCCUGUAUAUGUAACAUUAAAAAAAUUUGAAACAGUCCGAAUGCAAGGGAAUUUGUUUCUGGUUGUCAAAACUAGAGCUUGCUUGUUGUUCAGUAAGCUCCAGAGUUGGUCCCGUCCAGCUAACGGACUUUUUGUGUACUUGUGCUGCUUGUAAGGCAUGGAAAAGUAUCUUCGACAAGCAACCAAGUACAGAUGUGACUA